UAUAAUUAAGUUGAUUAACUACCAUUAUAUAAGCAAAUCCAAGAUCGAUGUUAUCAAUGGUAACACUUGAGAUACACAGUUGAUCAUUUUCCCGAGAAAAAAAAAACCAGAGGGAAAGUGAAGGAAAAAAGAGAACUGAUAUCAAAAUUCAAGAAUCCACCCAACACCCAACACCCAACACCCAAUUUUCCAUUUUCCUUUCUUUUUCCAGUUCUUAUACAGUUCAGGCGUUUGAGAAAAUGGGUAAUGCUUUUUCAUGGCCAUUUGGUGAAUGCAGUACUGAAAUGGACAAUGGCAGCUUGGAUUCAAUGACUGUGAAAUCCAUUAGUUUUGGAGAUGAAGAAAGAGCUAAAACACCACUUAGAUCCAUCAGUUUCAAAAUCUCAGAUUCAGAGCCAACUAUUUUAAAAUCAUGUGGUUCUGGGAAGAUGAUAUUGGAAGGAUCUGUUAGUUUUAAAGGCAGAGAUUUGGAGGAAACAAUGACUUCCGCCAUUGAUGAAGCUGUAGCAAGCUCGAAGAGCAAAGCAAUGGAUGCUGUUGAAUCUUUAAACCCAGAUUUUCCAUUGGAAUCUUCAAAAGAAUCGAGGGUUUCAGAUCUUAAUAAUCCACAAAUGGAGGCUGCGAUAAGAUUGCAAAAGGUUUAUAAGAGCUUCCGUACAAGGAGAAAGCUAGCAGAUUGUGCUGUUCUUGUUGAGCAAAGCUGGUGGAAGCUCUUGGAUUUUGCUGAAUUGAAAAGGAGUUCUAUAUCAUUUUUCGACAUGGAUAAACAUGAAACAGCUAUUUCUCGCUGGUCAAGAGCAAGAACAAGAGCUGCUAAAGUUGGCAAAGGUUUAUUCAAGAACGAUAAAGCUCAAAAGCUUGCUUUACAACACUGGCUUGAAGCUAUUGAUCCAAGGCAUAGGUAUGGACAUAACUUGCAUUUUUAUUAUAAUCAAUGGCUCCAUUCUCAGUGUCAAGAACCCUUUUUUUACUGGCUGGAUAUUGGAGAAGGCAAAGAAGUAAAUAUAGAAAAAUGUCCUAGAUUAAAGCUUCAACAACAAUGCAUCAAAUAUCUUGGUCCGAUGGAAAGGAAGCCCUAUGAGAUUGUUGUGGUAGAUGGGAAAUUCAUAUACAAGCAAACAGGGAAACUUCUUCAAACUACAGAAGAAACCAGUGAUUCUAAGUGGAUUUUUGUACUUAGUACAUCAAAGAUCUUGUACGUUGGCAAGAAAAAGAAGGGUACUUUUCAACAUUCUAGUUUCUUGGCUGGUGGUGCUACUAUUGCUGCUGGUAGAUUAGUUGUUGACAAUGGUGUCCUUAAGGCGGUUUGGCCUCAUAGCGGUCAUUAUCGUCCUACAGAAGAAAACUUUAACGAUUUCAUUUCAUUUUUGAGGGAGAACGAUGUUGAUCUUACAGAUGUUAAGAUGGCACCAGUUGAUGGAGAAGAGAGUUUCCAUGGAACCAGUCACCAUCUUAGAUGCAAUUCAUCUGAAGAAAAUAGCUUAGAGCUUGAAGAAAACAAUGUCAAAGGUUCGAUCGAGAAGCUCGGUGAUUUGAUCAAAGAAGGAAGCAGUGAAGGCCUUGAAUGCACAAUGUCAAGCAGGUUCCUCAACUUGAGUCAUCUUGAAAUACCGAUGAAAACCGAAUUGUUUGAGGUUGCUGUUGCUUACAACCAGGGUUCAAAUUUGACGGUUCAGGACGAGAUGAUGAAUGAAAAUGAUCAUAAUGUUGAAGCCAUUGCUAAAGAAUCGAUUCUUCAAAGGAUUAACUCUAAGAAAGGGAUGAAAUCAUUUCAAUUGGGCAAGCAAUUGUCAUGUAAAUGGACUACAGGGGCAGGACCUCGGAUCGGUUGCGUUCGAGAUUUCCCUUCAGAACUUCAAUUUCGAGCGUUGGAACAAGUGAAUUUAUCUCCGAGAAGUGAUGGCUAUAAGAAAUUCUACUUUUCUCCUCGAUUUACUAGCGGCUUGAAUCCAAAAUUGUCUGAAUCGGUAACGACUAUGAGAGAAGAGAUGAGAACACAAAGUUUACCUCUUCUCAAGAAAGAGAACUUAUUGCAGAAAAGCUUCCUCUCUUUAAAGGGUGUCGGAGUUUGAUUUUCGAGAUGUGCUCUGAUACUAAAAUUGAUACAUGGAGGGGAAAAAUGAAAGGGUAAUAAGAAUUUAGAGUUGAUAUUAAGUACAUUUUACAAGUAGUUGAUUCUUUUGAUGUGAAUAGAGAAGAUGAUAUAUGAAUUCUUUAUCAUUCUUUUC